AUGGUAGUGGUGACGGGAUGCACGGACGGGAUCGGGCUGAGUUACGCCAAGGAGUUGGCCCGACACGGGAUGAAAAUCGUUUUGAUCAGCAGGAAUCCUGAGAAGCUUCAGGCAGUGGCUGAGGUUAUAGAUAAGGACUUCGGUGUCGAGACCUGCAUCAUUCAGGCCGACUUCACGAAGCUGGACAUCUACGACGGGAUGAAAGAGAAGCUGGCAGGCCUGGACAUCGGGGUCCUGGUGAACAACGUGGGGAUGAUAACGGAUCUCCACCCCUUCUUGGACGUCCCGGAGGGAGAGAAGGCGUUUCAGGACAUGCUCCUCGUCAACAACCUGUCCAUGAUCCGGAUGACCCACAUGAUCCUUCCUGGGAUGGUUGAGAAGGGAAAGGGGAUUGUCAUCAAUGUGUCCUCCAUUUCUGCCAUCUCUCCUAUUCCAUUCAUGGGAACCUACGCCGCAACGAAGGCGUUUGUGGACAGCUUUUCUCGGAGUCUUGCCUACGAGUACAAAGACAAAGGGAUUCACGUCCACCUCGUCGGCCCUGGGUACGUGUUCACGAAGAUGACAGAUAAAUUGCUGGAUGGACCCAGUUUGACAGCACCGACGCCGGAUACCUUCGUCCGAUCCGAUCUUCGUUCCGUCACCAAAAUCCAAGUUACCUCCGGAUAUUGGUUUCAUAACCUCAUGAGAGAGGCCGGCAAGUUCUUCGAUUACGUCGCGCCCACAGUGACGACAAACCUGGCCGGAUGGAAUCUGACGAGGGAGAUGGCCAAACAGAGAUUGGCCGAAAGCAAGAAGAAAUGAAACGAGUCCUCGGCAGUUCGGUCUUGUCCGAAGGAUUCGCGUGUUCCAGAAGCUGCGCAUCAGUUUUCUUCAAUUUAAUUUGUGAACAAUUUAGUAUGGCUUGGACGUUAAUGGGGUCAUCGUUAGCAUAGUGGAGAAAUAAUCGGCAGUGAUGAUUCGUUGUCCAGAAAUUGAUUUUCCUGGGGUUACCUCAGUUCAACGUAUUGUUCCCUUUAGCCGAUAAUCCCUUCUUGUGCCAACCCUUCCUGAGAUUGUCCCACGGCUGUUCAUCGGUAUUCCGCCAGUACUUUCCACCCAUAUUCGUUCUUGAGCGGCAUUUCUGUUUCGUCUAGUCUAAUACCAGUCGUCCGUUAUGUGGGAGAAAUAUUCGAAUGCCCAUUUGUUGUAACACGCAGUUCCCCUCGAUGACAGUCCGUCGAUUUUCGUCAUCGAAGAGAAUCGUAAUAGUGAGUGGACGGACGACUCCCAUUCUUGCCAUUUUCAUGCAUUUGCAUCCAUUUCUCGCUCGCGGGUGUC